ACACCGUUAGGGGAACUUGUUAAAUCGUAACCAGAGCUGACAUUCUACCGAGGUCAAACUUAGGUUUCAAGCUAUACUGGGAGUAUUUAUAUGACUGAUUUUACUAUUCAACCUCCAAAUGUUACACGGCAAACCAAUAGAGAAAAUGAAGGAGUCUUUUGUACUUCACCAGAAUUUUUACAUGAGCAUCAGCAUUGAUGAUGCAAAAAAAACAACCGAGGAGGACACGAUCUCGGUGUCCUCAUAGCUAGUUACGGCCAUGCAUGAUAUUUCAGAAACAGUGGAUUGCAACAUUAGUUCAGUUACAAAGAGGAACCAAACAAGUGUUCGUGCUUAGUUACACGUUAAUAAGGAGAUACACUUUGUAAUGCUGCAGUGCCAUAUGAUUAAAGAACUCGACGAAGUCGUGCCAGGGUAUUGCAAACUCGCACGACCUGGUGUUCUUGCAUGACAUUUGUUAUUACGAUUACGAGGUAGAACAGAUGGAGCGCAUUCAUAUUGGGCGGUUCUGCGCCUGAGCUAGGCAUAUUUUCGUUGUACAUCUCAAAAGCUUAGGGCAAACGCACAGCAGGUACUGAUUUAUUUACUAUACUUUUUUUUUUCUUUAUACCGGCCAUGGUGAAGAUUGAGUUCGCUCCGAUAAACAUUCCUCUCAACAGACGCCUGCAAACAGCUGCUGUACUACAAUGGAUCUUCUCCUUUCUUUUUCUGGCACAGUGUUGUAUGGGGGUGUAUGUUCUGGCUGUCCUGAGUGGGUACUGGCACUUUGCUGCUCUCUAUGGACUGUGGCUGUACCUGGACUGGGACACACCCCAGACUGGGGGUAGGAGGUGUGCCUGGGUCAGGAAAUGGGCAAUCUGGAGGCAUUUCCGAGAUUACUUCCCCAUUCAUCUCAUUAAGACUAGUGAUCUGGAUCCCAAGAACCACUACCUGUUUGGGUUUCACCCCCACGGAGUUCUUGUUGCUGGGGCCUUUGGGAAUUUCUGCACGGAAUACACAGGAUUCCAGGAGCUGUUCCCUGGUCUGACCCCGUAUCUUCAUGUGCUUCCCUUUUGGUUCCGAUUUCCUUUUUUUAGAGAGUACGCCAUGAGUGCAGGUCUAGUUUCUUGUUCCAAGAAAAGUGUGACCCAUGUUCUGAGCCAGGGUGCGGGGAUCGUCUCUGUCAUUGUGAUCGGCGGAGCCGAGGAGUCUUUAGACGCUCGGCCAGGAAGUCUGACUUUACAAACCCUCCACAGGAAAGGCUUCAUCAAGCUCGCUCUCAAACACGGGGCGCACCUGGUUCCAGUGUUUUCCUUUGGCGAGAAUGAACUCUUUAACCAGCUGGAGAAUCCCGAGGGUUCCGUCAUUCGGAAUAUCCAGAACAAACUUCGGAAAAUAAUGGGAUUUGCCUUGCCUUUGUUCCAUGCUCGAGGGGUAUUCCAGUACAGCUUCGGGGUCAUGCCUUUCAGAAAGCCCAUCUACACCAUUGUUGGGAAACCCAUUGUCGUGGAACAGAAUGUAAGUCCAACCAAUGAAGAGGUGGAUAAACUACACCAGAGGUACCUGGAUGAGCUGAAUGGGCUGUUUGAGGAGCACAAGGCCCAGUAUGGAAUACCAGAACAAAGCCAUCUUGUCUUUAAAUAAGAGCUCAUUUGCAAAGUUGACAAAGUACAGGCUACUGAUUGAUUUUUUUAGGGGUUAUUGAACCCCCAUUUACUUAACAUAUUCGUCUCUUGUACCCUUAUAAAAGUUUCCCAUAGAAAAAGCACAGCAAACUGUAAAAGCGUAUUGAAAGCACGUUUAAGCAUUGUAAAGCAGAGGUAUCGUAAAGCAGAUUAAAAUGGCAAACCAUGAGAAAAUUGCACAGUGCCUGUUUAAUAUUACAAUGGUAAAGGUGCUUAGUAGAUCUAGCGGAGUUGAAAAACCUGCACACUUUUAGGCAGGAACAUAGAAAUAAAGAACUAUAUAUCCCAAGUCUCAAUGAGUCGUGCAACAGCCCAGGGAUUUUAUACAUUGGAAUAGAGAAACUAGAACGCAGCACAUACAGAAAAUCUGUAUACUGUAGAUCUAUGCAUAUGUUUGCACUGUUACAUUUUAAUUAUCAAUAGUAAUUAAUUCAGUAUUUCAAUUCACAAAUGCAUGCUUUUUUUUUAAUUGUCCAGCUAUUUCACUGGGUCAGAAAAGCUUUAAAAAAUAAAAUACUUUGUUUACAGUUAA